AUGUUGUCCCUGCUCUAUCGUUGCUCCACUCCCUUUCAUCCCUUCCAUGCUCUUGCCCUCCCCCUCGCCGAACGCUGCUUUUCUAUCGCACACUGCCGCCUCGAAGCUAGCUCAGUCCCUUCUGACUCAAGACUGACAAAAGAUGCUGAAUCCCGUAAGAAGCACAACGCCGCGAGGAAAGCCCGAUAUGCCAACGAUCCCGAACACCGCGCAACAAUCUGUGCUCAGUCCCGGGACAGGCACAAUCGUCGAUAUGCCAACGACCUUGAGUAUCGCGCCAAAUCCAAUGCCCGCAGUCUCGCUGCAAAGAAUGCACGGUACAGGUCUGACGCCCAGUUUCGUGCGCGCCUCGAAGCUGAGGCUGCGGACAGACGAGCCAAGCAAGAUCCUGUGGCUCGGGAAGAAAUCCUCCAGCGCAAAAGAGUACACAAUAACCAAAGAUAUGCCGAUGACUAUACCUUCAGGCAGCGGCGUAGCCUACAGACUUGGCUCCGUAACCAUAUUCCUACUCGGGAGCUGACCUGGCGGACACAUGAUGCUGAAUUGCAUGUAGACCGAGUGGCACGUCUGUGCUCUGGAGAAGCUUGUGGUUUCGAGAAGAAAUUGAAACUAUGGAUGAAGCGUAAGGAUUCUGACCCUGCUCUGUAUGAUUGCUACAACUGCUUUACAUCCGACUGGGUUCCUGAGAAGGUUCUCCCAAUCGGCUACGAGCAUGUGAUUUUCGGUUCGGGUGAGAAGAUAGAGCCCCGUCCAGUCCCACUGGAUGCUGCUGGCGACGAGGCCUCGAAAUCUGCGAACCCUUCUAGCGGUGCAGGUACCGUCCCGUGA